GCGAGCGGAAGAUCAAUGUGAGCGAUCUGCGUUUCAAGCGCAAUUCGAGAUUCGAGUUGGCGAGAUAAAAACCGCGAAAGCAAAGAACACAGCAACAAACGAUGUAAACAAAGAGAUUGCAAAUAAAUCUGCGUCAGGUGCUGUUGUGCCAAUUCUGCCGCUUUAAGUGCCAAAUAUUCAAAGUGAACUAACAACAAAUAAACAAUUAUGGGCAGACAGUCACUUGUCUCGAGUGUUUGGCUUUUGUCCGGAGUCUUAUUACUGACAUUCGCUGGAGCAAGUGCCUACGGAUUUGGACGUUGCCCGAAUUACCCAUCGAUGCCAAAGUUCAACAUGAGUCGGGUCCUUGGCCAUUGGUUUGAGGUGGAGCGCUCUUUUUACCUUCCAGAGAUUGCCUCUGGCUGCACCACCUUUCAGUUUGAGCCGUAUAACAAGGCGGAACUAUCCAAAUUCGCCAAUUUUAAGUUGGCAGUGGCUAUCAAAAACAUCAACCGCAUAACUGGCAAUCCCAAUGUUAAUAUUGGCUAUGCGACGCCGGAAAAUAGUCGAUCUUCCAUCAUGGAUUUUAAGUUUACCACCCGAUUUCCGGAGGUAAUUGCCAGACUGCUCCCAGGCUCUGGAAAGUACCAGGUGCUCUACACGGACUACGAUAACUUUGCCAUCCUGUGGUCCUGCGGCAGCAUCGGCUCCUUGGGUCACUCCGAUCAGAUCUGGAUCCUAGGACGUAAUCGGGACUUCGAGGUGGACAUCCGCUCCAAAGUAUAUGAUGUGUUGAAACGACUCUCCUUGGAUCCCGAAAGGCUAAUCAUCAGCAAAAACAAAAACUGCCCAGAGGCGCUGUAAAAAGGCGCCUUUUCCGGCUCAUCCCCCAUCAAUAUAUUUAAGUUCAUUCGGUUAAGGAACAAAUUCCAUUUGAUGCCUAAUCAUUUAGGCUGCUGUGAUAUCGGAGGAGUGUGAAUCGGCGGAGUGAGGAGAAAAUAACGCAAAUACAGAAACAAAUAAGAAUAA